UGUAAAUCGGAAAACCGUGUUUUUCGUGUGUUAUUUUCUUGAGAUACACAUACAAUAAAAAAAAUGAAGAGAACGAGUGAAAAAGAAGGGCCUGAGCAUUCAAAAAAAACAAGGCUGGACAUGGGUACUACCUUACUUUUACCUGCUCGUUCUUCCCACGAGAAGAUAACCCCCGUCAUCACUUCAUUAUCAAGACCUGUCGUCGAUACCGAACCCAUUGUUUUAUCAUCCGACGAUGAGGAUGACCUUCUCUUACAAGACGCACUGCACGCUCAACGCUUAAACGUACCUUUAUCUGAUAAAUAUCUCAAUAUUCUAGAAGCCAACAAGUCAAAACUUUCCACAACUCAACCUGUCAACCACCACCACCACCACCACCACCACCAGCAACAACAACAGGAACGCGUCAAGUUCAAUGAUAAACUUCCUUCCUCCUCCACCCCCAUGACAAAGAAGCCUUCAAAGUCUCCUUUCUCGCCUGGCGAUGUCGCUUCCGCUAUGGAUAUUUCCAACCUCGACGACACGGAAGACGAAGAAGACGAAGAAGUCGAUGUGGAAGGAAACGAAGAAGAGGCCGGAGUUGACGCUGUUGUGCCUGAAGAUGAUGUCGAUGUCGAGGGUGAUUAUGAAGACAAUGACCAGAUCGAGUCUAAACUUCAUUCGGAUCCUGUCAUGUCAGAUAACGAAAGCCUCGACCUAGCCGGGACGGAAGAAGAAGAAGAAAAGCAGUCUAAACCAGUGUUGCAUACAGUGGAUGAUAUGUCGGAAAUAGAUGAAUUACAAUCCGAUACAGACGCUGAUGAAAUCACCAUGUCAACACCUACUCCUACACCUACUCCUAAGCCUACAUCUACAUCAACAUCUACAUCUACAUUUGCACCUUUACAGCCAUUAGAAAAUAUCACAGAGACAGUCGUAGAAGAAUCUCGACCCAUGAGCGACGUAGAAACACAACCUACAGACGAUAAAGAGAUUGAUUCGGACGGAAACCAAACAGCAUUUGUUAAAGAUCGUCCAGUGAGAGCAGGUAGAAAUGUGAUUAGCACAUACAAUGAUAUUGCCAACUCGAUUGAUCCUGAAAAGCUGACGCAUUUGGUAUCUGAUUCGGACGAUAACACAACGGGUAAAAUGUCAAAGAAAGCCAGACCCAGUCCACCUAAAACAAUGCGUGCUACCGUUGUCUUAUCCAAAUUUACCAAGGAACUCACCUCCCGCAGACAUUUAAAAACAGGAUUUGUUUAUGAUACUGCCAUGUCCUAUCACGCCACGCCUAAUCCGAUGGAAAUCCAUCCCGAAGAUCCACGCCGUAUUUUCAAAAUCUUUAAUAUUCUGGAACAAAAUGGCUUAUUAGGCGAAU